AUAACAAAAACACAUUCGACCCACUUUGAUUUAUUUCCACAAACAUAAAUUCCAAAUUUCAACAUUCAAACUAUUAUUAUUAUAUACAUAUUGAGACGCUGAUGAGAGAAAGUGAGUCACAAGAACUACGACAUAAAACCGAACCCAAUUCAAUUCUCCUUUUAUCAGACCAAACACAAAGGGAGAGAGAAUAAUAAUGGGAGACGUACGGAGGAUCGUGGUGGUUGUAGAAGAUAAAGAAGCGGCGAGGACGGCGUUGCAAUGGGCACUCCAUAACCUCUUCCGUCAAGGUGACAUCAUAGUCCUCCUCCACGUAAUCUCUCCUCCGCCGCGCAAGAAGAAAUCGACAGCGGCGCGUCUCCUCCGACGCCACGGAUACCAUCUCGCCCUCUCUUUCCGUGAAAUCUGCGACGCUUUCUUCAACACGAAUACGGAGAUAAUAGUGAGAGAAGGCGACGAAGAUGGAAGAACCAUCGCUGAAGUGGUGAAAGAGCUUGGUGCAUCGAUGAUUCUCGUUGGUCUCCAUCAAAACAGCUUUCUUUACAGAUGGGCAAUGAGUGGGAUUGAUGUAACUAGAAACUUGGGCUGCAAAGUGAUUGCUAUAAAGCAGCCUUCGUCGGAAGAGUCGCCGCCGGGAAAAUUGAAGGGACGCAUGACCUCACAUACGACGGCGACAUCAGAUAGUUUAACUAACUUUGACUUUUCCCAAAUCGAAAUUUCUGGAUUACAGGUUCCUGAGAUUCGGACACCUAAAGUGCCAUACAGAUUAUGUCCGAGUCCUCGUGCGAUACUUUGGAGAACAAGACCACGGAGAUCUAAAGCUCGAUACGCUGUAGUUUCAUAGAAUGAUUUUAUUCCAAACAAAUGGAAAGAAACAAAACUCUACCCUCAAUUUUUGUGUCAAAGAAACAAACAAAUUUUACUCCAUACCAAAAAAAAAAUUUGUUUUUAACUAUGCAGACUGGAGCUUCUCUCUCCUCACUUAGAGAGAGGUUUCUCUCGAGAAAGCUCUAUACCUCUUACCAGACUCAAAUCUUUCAGAGGAUACAGCUUAGUUAGAGAGGGAAAGAGCUAUGUUUGGUUGUAAAUCUUUUCUUUCGCUCGGCGAAUUCUCUUUUCCGGUUGCAGAAUUAUUUUUUUCGCAGUGGCGAUUUUGAUGUGGUUUUCAACCAAAUCCGAGUUGAUCGACAUGUUUAAACUUUCUCGGAUUAGGAGUUGAAGGUUUUUUUUGUUGUGUGUGUGUACUUAAAGCUUCAUCUCUCUGUUUUAAGCUGAAAUUCCGACUGUUUUCUUAAAGUUUCGUUUCUCUUCGUUAGUUAUCCUCUAUUUUCACUUUCUUAAAUCUUUGCGUCUAUAAUCUUGGCAAAGUCUUCACAAGAAGUGAAAAAUGGAGCUUUGCAUGUUUGUUUGGCGGUUUACUUCAGUUGAAGAAAAGUCAAAGUUUGUUUUAUAAACAAGCCUUUUGACAAAGACUGUUUGCUGAAUCGUUCAUAGUGGCUUGGUAAUUUUAACAUCUGAUGAAGAGAGUGAAAUUCAAGGAAAGCAUAGGCGAUCUGAGAGAUUGAAGCGUACAAAUAGAUUCAAAGUUGGUUUGCUGGCUAAAUUGUUUCUAUCCACCAGCGGAAGUUUCUUGCAUACGGCGGAUCCGGUGAAGAAGCAGCACCAUCCCUUUGUGUGACACGUAAUCUCUAUCUUUACUCAGCAGAAAGCAUGUGGAGUACAGCUGUGAUGUCUAAAGACAUCCUUAUCUCUAAUCUUUUGAUGUUGGAUUUAGUUUGGGGUAAUUUUGUAAGGUUUAGCUUUGAUCCAUUUGUAUCAAUAUCAGCCCAUGGGCUUUUUUAGGCAUGGACGUUCGGGUUGGUCGGGUUUA